CACAAAACAAAGGCUCUGGAGGGCUGGGCAAUAUAGAUGAACAAUCAUGAUUGGAUCGACUUUGAUAUUGAGAGCCCGUCUUUUCGGUCUGCUGAUGGCUUCGGCCGCUGUAUUACGUAUCCGUCUGAGUUUCAUCGUGCGUAUGUGGUGAGAUUAGGCUUCGUCAUGUCUUCGGGAGUCGAGGGUCUUGGGAAUGCGCGGCCUAUCCCGACGCGCGUCGUGGUGAUCAGGAAGACCGACAUUUACACCCUCAACAACCCCUUGACUGAAAGGGGCUUACCGGAAGCAGACGAGUGCUUGGUGACGAAACACUCGGGGACGGACAAGAUCACAGAGAUGCUGAUUUCGAUGCAGGCAGAAAGAGAAAGGGAAGGAGAAGAACGAGGAAGACGCCAGCAGGAGGAAAGAGGGGGCGAGUCACAUGACACGGAGAGAAUGAGGAGUGGAAGGGGAAUCUGCACAGCUCGGAAAUAUCUGCUCAGGGUUCUGCAUGAUGCAGAAGGUGCCACGAUCUCGAAGACUGCAAGAUGA